AUUGGCCGACUGAGCGUUCCAGCGUGCAUCCUCGGCUUGCUACCGGUGUGCAAUCCAUCGACUGGCCUCUACUCGGGCGCUUGCCCCAUGGAAAGCGUUUUCUUAAACGAUAUCAACCGCGAACAAGGAUACGAAGGGAAGCACAUAUUUUCGAUUUAUAGCAAGACCGAUCAAUGGGUUGGAUAUAGCGUCUGUUAUAGGCUAGUACUAUACAACGAAAAACCGACGGUUAAGAAAAAACGUCUGCUUCAGAUAACCACACAAGUGCCGGGACAGCAUGGUGAAAAAGUUUAUGAAAACAAGAAUCACGACCAAACAUUCCAGGACUCCUAUGAAGUUCAACGGCAAAUGGUACUCACUCAUAAUGUUGUAUAA